GCGGAGCCACAGGUUUAGGCAACACGAAAGAGGCGGGGCUCAGGAGUAUUCCAAGGGGGCGUGGCAAACAGCGUCCCGGCCUGAAGGGGGCGGGGCCCCGGGCCGUGGUGCCAAGGGGUCGGGUCCAGCGUAAGGAGCCUCCCAUUUCCAAGUCCCGGAACCGAGGAGGGAGGAGGAUGCUGGUGGUGGAGGUGGCGAACGGCCGCUCCCUGGUUUGGGGGGCCGAGGCGGUGCAGGCGCUGCGGGAGCGCCUGGGAGUAGGGGGCCGCACGGUCGGCGCCCUGCCCCGCGGACCCCGCCAGAACUCGCGCCUGGGCCUCCCGCUGCUGCUGAUGCCCGAAGAGGCGCGGCUGCUGGCAGAGAUCGGCGCGGUGACCCUAGUCAGCGCCCCGCGCCCGGAUCCCCGCCAGCACAGCCUGGCAUUGGCAUCCUUCAAGCGCCAGCAAGAACAGGGCUUCCAGGAGCAAAGUGCUCUGGCAGCUGAGGCCCGUGAGACCCGUCGUCAGGAGCUCUUAGAGAAGAUUGCAGAGGGCCAGGCUGCGAAGAAGCAGAAGCUGGAACAGAAAUCAGGGACCAGCGGGAGCCAGGAGGCCGGUGGGAACCAAGCUGCAGAAGAGAAUGAGGCCAGUGCUGGCCAGGCUGCUGGAGAGCAUGAGGAAGCGGGUGAAGGCUCCUCCUCUCCCCAGCCAGGGCCUUCAAAUGGGGUGGCUCCUUUGCCCAGGUCUGCUCUGCUCAUCCAGCUGGCCACUGCUAGGCCUCGGCCCAUCAAGGCUAGGCCCCUGGACUGGCGUGUCCAGUCCAAAGACUGGCCCCACGCUGGCCGUCCUGCCCACGAGCUUCGCUACAGCAUCUACAGAGACCUGUGGGAGCGAGGCUUCUUCCUCAGUGCGGCUGGCAAGUUCGGGGGCGACUUCCUGGUCUAUCCCGGCGACCCGCUCCGUUUCCAUGCUCACUACAUCGCUCAGUGCUGGGCUCCCGGGGACCCCAUCCCACUCCAGGACCUGGUUUCUGCUGGCCGCCUCGGCACCAGUGUCAGAAAGACACUGCUGCUUUGCUCUCCGCAGCCUGAUGGUAAGGUGGUCUACACAUCCCUGCAGUGGGCCAGCCUGCAGUGAACUCCAGAGACCUGUGGGCACGUGCCUGUGUCCUUGGCAAGAGCCUUUCUAGAUGGUCCCAAGCUCAUCUCCGAGUGGGAGGCUCGACCACCCUCCUGCCUCUCUCGGCAGUUAGUUUUUGAUUCCAGAUUUAUAAACACUACGUCCUUCUCAUGUCCCUCCCUGAUUCAAAGCACUUAGUGGCUGUGUUGUUUUUAUAGUUACCUAUUUCCAACUGUGAGUUUCUUGAGUGUGAAAGCUGAUUCAUCUCUGUUUCCUACAGGGCUUAGGUCCCAAAAGGUCUCAAUAAACUUGUUGAAUAAAUGUGGAGU